UCUCCGGGAAGCGCACAGACGGCGGAGAAGGAGUUCCUUCCGUACGCAGCUGAAGCAGGUUACAAGACAGCUUCGUAAUGCCACUUCUGUGUGGUUGAGAUAGUAAAGGGGAUGAAAAAUGCCCAGACAAACAACAGUCACUGUUACUGUGGCCACCCUGUUAGGCAUUGCAGCAGGAGGGCUGGUUUUCUGGAAAGUCAUCCAGCGUCGGAAAGACAAAACUUGCAUUGCACUUAAGCGAGGAGGAACAGUUAAAGAACGAGAUAAGGAAGACCUCUUGGAAGAUAAUAGUCUUUCAUUCAUAUCCCCUCCCUCAAUCCCCUGGGCAGAGAAGAUUCUUGAAGGAAAAGUAGUGAUAAUUUCUGAAGCAGGCAAAUGGAAUGACGUGGAACCGUUGCUAAAGAAGGAGUUGGAGCAUUGUCCAGUUCUUGGAAUUGACUGUGAGUGGGUCUCAAUAAAAGGGGAGAAGGCCAAGCCUGUCUCUCUCUUGCAGAUGGCUGCCUCCAGUGGCCUUUGCAUUCUGCUUCGUUUGCCUCAGUUGACCGCUGGUGGACAGGUUCUUCCAAAGUCUUUGCUGGACAUUCUGGCAGAUGGUGGCAUCCUAAAGGUUGGAGUAGGGUGUUGGGAAGAUGCCUGCAAGUUACUUCAUGACUAUGGCGUAACAGUCAAAGGGAUUGUUGACCUCCGGUAUUUGGCCAUGAGACAGAGUAAGGCUCUUCCCCCAAACGGGCUCAGCCUCAAAACUCUUGCGGAGAGGAUGCUCAACUGCUCACUUGACAAGUCUCUUCACCUGUGCUGCAGCGACUGGGAGGUAGAACAACUGACUCAUGAACAGAUUGCUUAUGCUGCUAGGGAUGCCCAGGUGUCGGUCGCUCUGUUCCUCCACCUGCUGCGAUUGCCCUCCCUCCCUCAUGCAGCAGGCAGUGAACAUGCUCUUCCUUCUUGGGAAAAGGUCCUGAAGAAGUGUCAGGGCUUGGUGGAUGUGCCCUUCAAAGGAAAAAACAGUAGUAGCUUUGGAGAUGUUGAAAAUGCAGAAGACUCUGAGGAAAAACUAAAGAAUCAGAAGCCACUAACUAAUGGGCAGUCCCCAGUCAACCAGCAAAUGAAGGAUCCUCGGAAGCACAAGCGGAAGCCCCUGGGAGUAGGAUAUUCCGCCAGGAAAUCUCCCUUGUAUGACAACUGCUUCUUACAUGCGCCAGAUGGGCAGCCUCUGUGCACUUGUGAUCGCAAGAAGGCCCAGUGGUACCUUGACAAGGGGAUUGGAGAGCUGGUGAGCACAGACCCUUUUAUUGUAAAGCUACAGUUUGAGCCUUCUGGGCGCCCUGAAUCUAAAGUGGAUUAUUACUUGACUGUCAAAGAGAACCUAUGUGUCGUGUGUGGCAAAAGAGAGUCUUACAUUCGAAAGAACAUAGUACCCCACGAGUAUCGGAAACAUUUCCCCAUCCAGAUGAAGGACCACAACUCCCACGACGUGCUCCUCCUCUGCACCACCUGCCAUGCUAUCUCCAACUACUACGACAACCAUCUCAAGCUGCAGCUAGCUGAGGAAUUUGGCGCCCCCCUUGGCUGUGAGGAGGGCGUGCGCCUGCUUGAAGAUCCCAUCCGCAGGCAAGUCCGUUCAGGGGCUCGGGCUCUCUUGAAUGCGGACAGCCUCCCUGAUGCUCGGAAGGCGGAGCUGUUACAGGUGAUCAAGGACUACUUUGACUCUGCAACCAUUUCCCCAGAGAUGCUGCAGGAGGCAGCUGGACUGGAGACCAGGAUUUUUAAUGAGAGCUACGUGCCGCAUGGCCUGAAAGUGGUAAAGAGUUUUGCCCAAGGGGGCCUGCGCUCCCUCAUGCUGCUGGAGAGACGUUGGCGCCAGCACUUCUUGGACGUCAUGCAGCCCAGGCAUCUCCCAACGCAGUGGUCUGUGGACCACAAUCAUGACAAGUUGAUCCGAAAAUAUGGGGAGGAUCUGCAGGUUGAACUCUCGUGAAAGUCAGCACUUCCAGAAGGCUAAUGGGGAGGAACAGACUGGGCGAUGAACUUGGAAAAUAGAACUGAGGCCUCUUGUUUCCUUCUGGGCUCCCAUGUUGUACGGGCAAGAUCCUGCUCAGAUUUCCUGUUGCUUAGUCAUUGUUCUCACUGUCAGUCGGCAAAACUAUUGUAAGCUUAAAACAUUUUAUUUUAAUUUUUAAAUGAAUUUUUAAUUAAAACUCGA